AUGGAGGAAAUGGACGUUGACGAAAGUAAUAAAGAAAACGGAACUGUGAGAAGAAGUAAACGAGCUUAUACCAAAUCGAUGUACAGAGAUCUUCUGCAUAGGUUAGAAGAUAUCGAAACUUCGGGCGACAUAGGUUUACAAACGAUAAAUGGAGUGAAGAAAGUUCUGAAAAAGGCCGACAAACUUGAUAAUGAAUGGAAAAUCGAAGAUAGAGUAGCAAGAGCUGAUGUAACAUGUUUGGAUGUGUCUGUAUUGGCUUCGUCAAGUUCCAUUUUGAAAAAAUGCCUUAGAACUGUUGACAUUUCUAUGUGUACCUAUGAUGCGAAUGAAUUCAGCCAAGGCAUUAUUGAUAAUGUUAAGAAUGAAAAUAACGAAGACAUUUUACCUGGUGAUUUGUUAAAUCUAAUGGAUAUCACUAGGUCAACGAUUCCAGCCUUGUCUUAUUAUACCUACAUUUAUGGCAGUUACGAUUUGGACAAUUUACCGCAACCAAAAGUUAGGAAGGAAAGAGUUAAACAGCAAAGUCAAAAAGAAAAAUUGCAGAAAAAAGAACCGGAGAAGGUGACAAACAGAACAAAGGAGGAAGAAAGUAUAGAAGAUAUCGUCAACGUUUUAUUUAAAGUACUAAAUAAAGAAUUUAUAAAAAACAAGGAAGAACCCAUAAAGUAUUAUGACUACAUAAUAGAUACUGACGAUUUUUCUAAUACUGUGGAAAAUAUGUUUUACUUUGCUUUUCUGGUAAGAGAUGGAAAGGCCAGUAUAGAUUUAGAUAGUAAAGGUGAGCCUAUAAUAAAACCGAUAAAAGACAAUGUACUAAUAAAAUUUAGAGAUGAAAAUGGCGUAAAUUCUCAAAUUGUUAGUAUAAUAACUAAGGACCGAUGGCAGCGAUUUCAAAAGCCUGGCUAUUUGCAGAAAUAUAAGAAAACGUCUUCCAAG